AUGUUCAAGGGUUCUGCUGUGGAGCUGGCACCGUCGAUCGGCGCAGUCACUCUUUUCACCAACACAGUUGGCAGUGACCGAAUCGUGGCGGCCAACAGGUUUCGAGGAGGGAAGGUUGAAGCUCCGUCGCGUCUUGAGGUGGGGGGAAGACGCUAUGAUCACCAAGUGCUGCACGUCGACACCCUUGCCCAGUGGCUUUGUUGA